CUGGGCGGCCUGGACGGGCUGGGGCAGCCGGUGGGCGCCCACUUCUUGCUGCCGCCCGCCGGGGAGCGCCCGGCGCUGCUGGGAGAGCGGCGGGCGGCGGCGGCGGAGCGGGCGGGCGGCGGAGGGGCGGCAGCGGCGGCGGCGGCGGCGGCGGCCGCGGACCUGGCGCACUUGCAGGGCAUCCUGAGGCGGCGGCAGCUCUACUGCCGCACCGGCUUCCACCUGCAGAUCCUGCCCGACGGCAGCGUGCGCGGCACCCGCCAGGACCACAGCCUCUUCGGUAUCCUUGAAUUCAUCAGUGUGGCAGUGGGACUCGUCAGUAUCAGAGGUGUGGACAGUGGCCUUUACCUUGGAAUGAAUGAGAAGGGAGAACUCUAUGGCUCUGAGAAACUAACUCCUGAGUGCAUCUUCAGGGAACAGUUUGAGGAAAACUGGUACAACACUUACUCGUCCAAUGUGUACAAACAUGGAGAUUCGGGGCGGCGGUACUUUGUAGCACUUAACAAAGACGGUACUCCCAGAGAUGGGGCAAGGUCCAAGAGACACCAGAAAUUCACACAUUUCCUGCCCCGACCUGUGGAUCCCGAAAGAGUUCCAGAACUGUACAAAGAUGUGUUAGGAUACAGCUGAGGAAGGAGGGAAGUUUGGAAGGAAAACCACACCAGAUCUGUUUGAUCUUGCCCUUUUAUUCAUGGCAAUACCAGCAUGAGGAACAUGGGUACUGGAUUCGAAGAAGCUACUUUGUGAUGGCCAAACCUCUAAUUCCCAGUGUUUGGAUUUGGGAGACAAAGCCUUAAAGCUGAGAGUGGACCAGCCUCCUUCAAACCUGCCAAACUGUGUGGUAGCCAGUAACAAGAGGGAAGUUGGAGUGUGACUUUCUUAAAAAUAACAAACUCUUGGCAAUUUCAUCUGGAUUACUUAGGGUCCAUAAAUUACCAGAAAAGUACCUACAUCGUAUGGAUCCAAUAACAGCUGGGAGAAAUAGAAAGAAAUAAACUGUAAAAUAGUUUUUUAAAAAAGAAAAAAUCCUGAGAACUGUGUAUGAAGUUUUAGUGUCUUCACUUCAGUGAUGGACCUUAGAUGUCAAUGCAUCAUAGUUGGAGCUGGAACUUUUAUUCAGGAUGGACCUAUUUAUACAUCUCCAGAUAGCAUAUAUUUAUUUUAUAUAUUUAUUUAUUAAAGAGUUUAUUUUUUACUGGGAUAUGAAGAGAAUACAAACCCCUAAACCCAAUGAGAGAUCAUUUACAGAGACAAUAUUUGCUUUGAGUAGUGUCAUGAUACAGCAGUGAGAUUACAUUGCAGUGCAUCUAAAACCUGGAUAUUCAGAUUUAAUUGUCUAUCAGUUACGGAAAAGGUUAUAUUGUGUGCACAUACCGUUGCCUCAUGACUAUCCUCAUUUUGGAAAGAAUGUUUUGGUGUCUUGACCUAUGAGAGUGCCUUACAGAACUGUAUUGAAUUCAAAUGCACAUUUAAAAAGGGAAUUAAAAGUGAUUUUACUUUAUU